AUGUAUUUCCCAGUUUCCGAAUCACUACGCCGAGGCGCUGACGUCACAGAGUCCCUUCACGAUACGGUCCGCGAGUUCCGCUACUCCCCUGGGCAGAAUCUCAUAACUCAGAGAAACCAUCGUUCCAAAGCAAACGUGACACUGGCCUGGAAAGCCCCUGACCAUGCUGUUGGCGAUAUUAUGUUUACAGCCACCGUGGUCGUGUCAUUCACACAGUUCUGGGUACAUAUUCUAUCACAGCCUGUCCGGGAUGCCAGCGGGUCAGGAGAUCUUGGAAACCUAGAGAAUGCAAGGAACACGUCAAUUACGUUCAACUUUGAGGAAGAAUGUGGUGCGGUCAAAGGUUGCUUCCUCCACCCAGACACCUGUACCGGAAGUGAUUGUGUGGCAGCUGUCAGUUACCAGAUGGACGGAAAUUACGUCCAUUUUGAGAUGAUGGGCGUGUCUGAAGGUUGGAUGGCACUGGGGUUGUCUGAAGACAGGAAUAUGGGAGACGAUGACGUCAUUUUGUGUAGCGUCCAGAAAAGCCGAGUUUCAAUACAACACGGUUACAACCCGGCCUACUAUUAUGAGCGUCAAUACACGGCAGGAAUUAAAAAUAUGGCAACAAUGGAAAAGGACGGAAAAGUGUACUGCAGGUUUUCUCGUCCUGUAGGAAUGACGUCAAUUUUUGUGACGCCUAACACCAACCCACCGCAAAUUACCGAGAAGGUGUUUGACCUUCGUCGUGAUUGGUAUAUCCAGCUAGCCUGGGGAUAUACCUUUGACGGUGUAGACGCGAUUAAUAAACAUGAUGAGUUGCCGGUAAUGACGACAGAGAAGGUCGACUUCAAGGAGUUUGCCGUACAAAGAGGACGCUCUAUUUCUGUGGCCAUACAAGCUCACGGUUGUUUUAUGAUACUAGCUUGGAUGCUGUUCGCUAGUGUGGGGAUGAUAGUGUCAAGGAACUUCCGGGAAGGUUUUGGAGCCAGAGAACUCUUCGGCGUGAAAAUAUGGUUUCAGUUUCACCGCUUCGCUGCAAUUCUCGCCCUCGGCUUCACCAUUCUCGGGUUUGUCAUUAUCUUGGCAGGGGUGCGUCGGUUUUCAGAGGCAGCCCCAGGGCACGCUAUCCUUGGCAUCAUUAUAACAGCCGCAGCUAUUGGUGUAGAAUUCAUACUGGCGUUUAAGAUAGAGCUAUUGCCCCUUGCCAUGAGGGAAUUUGGUUUACCGGUGAUCGCUGUAUGGAUCGUGACUCAAAUCACCUGGGAAAUCGGCUUAGAUAUAUACAGAUGUAUCGUUGAGAGACGGGACAUCCGGUCGUUCGUGCUAUCCAGCCAGAUGCAGUUGGACGAGAAGUCAUUGGCCAAGCCCACCACCAUGCUCUCAGCGUUAUUUAUCUUAUACUGUCUGUCAAUAUUGACUCUAACCAUCACAGCCGUGUGUGCAGUAUUGCUCUUCUAA